AUGGCCGAGCCAGAAGAAGAGCACACGUCUUCUGACUCUACAGUAGAACACACUGCCUUACAUGGCAGCAUCAAAAAAUGGAUGUCUGAAAAGAAGGAUUGUGAGCAGAGCAACUCUCCGUAUCUUGAAGUGCCAGAUUUCAAGAAUGCUUUGAAGCAGUUCCAGAAACUAGUUGAAAAAACAGUAACCCAGAAGGCAAAGGAGAGAUUAGGCUUGUGUAUUGAAGAUGAUGAUGAGAAGAUAGACUAUCAUAAGUUCUAUAAAACCACACGGACACUUUUUGGUCCAGAACUCAAGGAUCAUAAUGUUAAGGCCUUUUUCAGGAAGAUUAGCAACAACCUUGAUGCAAGGACAGAAUGGUGUGAGAUUUUUGGCUAUUUCACAGGAGAAAGCAAUACCAUGUCUUCCCAGCUGAAAGAAGAAAACAUGGUUUUCCUUGUAUCUGAAAAACAGCAGAUUACUCAUACAGUUGUCAAGAGACAAGAUGUGAUUAAGGGUAUAGUGAAGGUGCCCCAUCUGGAUUUCACAGUAACAUCCUCUCAGAAAGGAGUACUAACUAUUUUUAACAACCAGAUGAGGAUUCUGGCAACUACCAGUGUUGAAGAUACUGCUUGGAUCACUGGGUGUGAUUUCCUACCUCAGCUGAAAUGUGUCGUGGCUGUAACUGAAAGGACAGUCAUCGUUUGGGACUACAAAUCAAAAGGGAGUCAGAAUAAUUGCUUUAUCAUCAAACCAAUGGAAAAUGCUCUAUGCUGUGUUUGCACGGUGGCUAUGUCAGAACGCCUGGCUAAGGAUAACAUCCUAAUGGGAGAUUAUAAGGGUUACGUUCACCUGCUUACUGUAACCAGUGAUGACUUCAGAUUGAAACAAUGUAAAGGCAAAAAAGAAUCACAACUUCAAGUCUUGGACUCCAAAACUUUUAACAUUGUUAAACGCAAGCUACAUGAUGACUGGGUUGUGAAAGUUAAGUAUAUUUCUGACCUAAAUUGUUUUGGAUCCUGCUCCUCAGACAGCGUUCAUUCAUUUGUUUUGGAUAACAUAAAACGACUAGAGGACAAUUUACCUGUAAAGGAAUUUUCUGUCCCUAGAGGGGUCAAUGCCUUCACAUACUGUGGAAAAGCAAAAGUCAUUGUCACUGGGGGUCAUGACAAACUGCUUCGCCUGUGGCAUCCUGCUAUUAAUAGUAGGCCCACAGAGAAGCUAUCAGGACAUCGACAUAGUGUUGUGGAAAUUGUGACAAAUGAAAAAGAUCAACAUGUCAUUAGCCUUUCCUCUGCAAAGAUUUUUAGAGUGUGGGAUAUACAGACCCUUUCACUGCUGCAGGUCUUCCACGAUAAUCAAGGGAGUCCUGGAGAGAUGGAGACCUUCACUAUGGUAUUUGACAAUGAUCAUGGCACGCUUAUCACGGGUUCAGCUGUUAUUGACAUUUAUCCCCUAACUCAUAUGAUACAAGAUGCGAGACAGGUGCCACAGACACAUGAGAAAAGCAUCAAUGUUCUGAUUUACAACAGGGCUUUUCACCAAAUUCUGACUAUCUGCUCUGAGUCAAUAGUGAAGGUCUGGGACCUAGAAACAGGAUAUCAAAUAUAUCAGAUUGAAGAUGCACAUGGACUGAAUACUGAAGUGGUCUGUGCAGCCAUUGAAAUAAAUGGUUUUUAUCUUGCUACUGGGGGAUGUGAUGGAACAGUGAAAAUUUGGGAGUUUGAAAGUGGACAGGAAGUUAAAGCCUUGCCUUUGGCCCAGCACAGCAAAGAUGAGUGUCGUCUGCUGAAGAUGGUUUAUCUGAAUGCUAAUGAAAGUCAACAUGCACUUCUUGUUUUGGAGCAGAGUGGGAAGAUGAAAAUCAUUCAGGGUAACUCAGUUCAAACCUACCUAUAUGUCACAUGGGUGCUUCCUGAAGCAGUGUCAUUUCCACGAAGGAAUCCAGUUGUGUCUCUGUCACUGAAGCCUGACACCUUGCAAACACAUAAUUUUUUUCCGGAUAUUCAGCUGCUGUCUGACACCAGUUCUCUGAGGAAUGAAACAGAGAAUUUUGUACCUUCUGUGGAAAUGAAGUGUUUUGAUGUUUUAAAAGUAGAAGGAUGCAGUUUGAUAGCUACAGGAAGUGCAAAUGGUGCAAUAAUUUUGUGGGAUUUUGAAUCUGCCUCUGUGAGAUGCCUGUGUAAACUUAAUGAAGACAGCCAGGCUUCAGUUCUUCAAGCAUCUGGGGUCAAUGCCAUGUUAUUCCUUGUACAUAGUGCUUUCUCUUCCAGGCAAAUUAGUUCCCUGCCCUCUACUACUGCUACUGUGAGAAGUGAUAUCAGUGCCCUUCCAGAGCACAAGAGCAGUUCUUUGAACCUACAUAAGGAAAAUGUAAGAAGUGAUGAAAUUAAUACUCAAAUAACAACAGCAGAAGACACAACUAGGUAUAAGAAUAUCCAGUGCUUGAAGAUGAACGUACAGUUAUCCAAAGCUGUAGCAGGACACUCACCAAUACUGGCUUCUGCUCAUGAAAAUGGCUGUAUCUGCCUAUGGAGUAUUCAGGGAAACUUAGUGAAAGAACUUAUGCCAUUUUCAAAAUAUCCUUCAGUUCCUCUGACAGCACUAUGUACAGACAUCUCCACUAAAAUGCUUUUGGCAGGCAGUAAGGAGGGACAUAUUAUGCGCUGGAGCAUUGCCUCAUUCUUAGAAGACCCACAAAAUAAUAAAAAUCUAAUAAAGGAGGAGCUCUGCUGGAGGGCACACUCUAAUGAAGUGGUUGACUUAUUUCAUGAAGAGGAGAAAAAUGUGGUAGUGACAGCAUCCAUUGACGGUUCAGUCAGGCUCUGGCAUGCCACAAACGGAUACUAUCUUGGUUACUUCGGACAGCCUAGGAAGUUUGAAUUAGCAGAUAUCAGUCGGUUAAUUUUGCCUUGUGAUGUUAAUAACUUUCCUACUAUAAUUAAAGAGGAAAGCAAGCAUAUGGAAAAGAAGAACUUUGAAUAUCCUCUAAUGCUGGACAGGGACAAGUGGAAGUCACUGACCAGACCACCUUCAGUUUUAAAAAAGCCUAAACAUAUGGACAUAAUUCAGGACUUGAAGUUUUUCAAAGCUCUCACUUCUCCCAAGAUCCAUAGACAACCUGUGGAAAGUUUUGAGUCUGGAAACAGAGAGGCUGGUGCAGUAUUUGGGUUUCUUCCUAUAUAUGAGCUUGGGGAGCCAGAUGAAGACAGCGUGCCACAAAGUCUUCAGUGGAACAAAGCUGAGAUGUCCCGUCACACUGGAUGGACAAUGGAGACAGGUUUCAGUGGAGAAUAGGGUCAAGACAAAUAAACAUAGCAUCCAUCUUCAGGAAAGUGGAUUAGCAGGUUCCUUAUUUCAAUUUUUUUCUCUGUUUUCUUUUCUAUUAUAUUUAAAUCCAUUUCAUUAGGAAGUAGAGCAUACAGAAAUCAAAUCUUUACUUCUAUUCCAGUCCUUCAUGCAGAAAAUAAAUUCUAAUAAAGCCAGUGUAUGAUUAUAACAAGAUACUCACAGAAAAGCCCAUCUCACUCCACUUUUUGAUGGUUAAGAAGGAAAAGCACCUUACCAUGAUUAACUGCUUAAAGAUUCAGAGCCACAAAUCUGCAAAAAUUCUUCUUUUGCUAGCCACACAGACUUCUGUGAAGAACACGAAAUGUUACUCCAGAGGUACCGCUCUAACCUUUCUUUCAUGUUUCAUGAGCUUUGGUGUCCUUGGAUAGGCAAAGAGUUGAUGGGAUGUUCCACAGGUAGCACACAUAUGCCACAGUACCCUAGUCAAAUGUCUCCUUCCAAAAACAUUUAGAUUUCCUUGUUAGUCAUGUGGAGAUAAGACAGAAGAAAGAUUGAGAAUUACAUUCAAAUAAUGAGAAAGAGCCAAAUUUAAAGAUACCUGGAUUUAAAUCACAGCAUCAUAGAACAUGCCAUCUUUAACUCUGUGCUAUUUUCAGCUGAGCUAACUUUAUAUUAAUUAAACGUAAUUACAGAAACAGAAAAAGCAAAAACCAAGCAAAGCUCCCUGCAAUUGUUUUGUUAAUGCUAUACGGACAAGUCUUCAGAAUUAUCAUUCUAAUACCUUUUAGUGCCAAUAUUUUUGUUUGUUGAGAAGGUGCCUUGACCAGAACUAUUAACAGAAUGAAAUGGUCAUAUUACCCAAAAAAUUAAUUUUCAGCAGAUCAGAUUCCUUCUGAUUUAUGCUAUUUUGUUGUAGAAAUGCACUAACAUGUCAUGGUAUGGAAAAUCUGUUUUGAUAAGAUUUUUUUAAAUUAGUUUUUCUGAUCACUUUACUUCCUGCCAGGUUUAUGGGCAAAAUUCUGAUCCCUUGUUGCACCAAUUUAAAUCUUACUAUGCAGAUUUCAAACAGGAAAAAACACUAUAGGUCAACUCAAUUGACCUCAAUUAUUUUCAUCAUUUUUAUUAUAUAGUACAAACCAAGCCUAGGGCACAGUAAAUGUGUUUAAAGGAAGGUCAACGUAUGAUUCAGGGGGUAUUGAAGGUGAAAAUAUAACAGCAUUAUUUUAUCAUUAUUGUGAUUCAAUAUGAACUCCUUACACUGAACUGUUGUAAACAAGACCAAAAUUUGUAAAAUUUUCUCAGCAUAUUUUAGGGUGAUCAGACAUCAUGGUCCUUUUCAGCAGUUGCCAGCGGCUGUUUAUUUAAUGAGAGGCUAGUAACAAUGUUCUGGUGGAUUUUCUGUUAAUUGAAAGUCUUCAACUAUUCCCCUCUGGGAUGUGCUAAAACCUACUUAACACCUUCCCUAUUUUUAUGAUUGGACUCUGAACCCUUAAUCUAAAACUAAACCUUUGGAUAGCACCAGAAGAGAAUUGGCAGAUGUUGGAAACUGAUCUCACCAAUGUUGAAGAAACCAAAGCAUAGGUUUGUCUCUUUUCUUCUUCCAUGGCACAGUAAUGUCAGAAAGCUUUGGUCUUCUGAUGUUUUAUUCUCUAUUUUCAUCUACAUAGGAAAUCCAAAUAUUUAACUAGCACAGGUAAUAAUAGAAUCAUAUUAAACAGCAUCUUUCACCCUUUGCUGCAUAAUGAACUCCCUUCUGCUUGGGAAGGUAUAUGGCAAAAGGGGAAGGAUCUUGGGUUUAUGUAAAAAUCAUUCCUGUUGAAAUCAGUGGAUAGCCCACUCAACAUUUAGAAAUUCAUUAUGGCCCAGAAACAAAGAUCUUAACCAGGCCCACUGUAGUAAAUAUUAUGUAAAAGAAAACUCACUUGCCUGAGAUCUCAGAUUAGGCAUCUGCUUCCUUAGGGAAGAUGCUGCAGAAACUUCAAUAAUCAGAAAUGGGUAGAAUUGAUUUUAUACUCUGACAGAAAAAUAUAUGAAUUUUAGUGCCAAAGGAGAUUGGCUGUAUCAUCUAGUCUAAGCGUCUGGGUGGCACAAGCCAGAGAACCCAUCAUGAAUAUCUUCUGUGGCCAAAUGCCUGUUUGUGUUACUGUUUUGGUUUCCAGUUGAAGGCAGCAUCCUAAGGUUCUUAAUGUACAUCUGCUGCCAGUUAUUCUCCAUGUCAAAACCACAGGUUUCCUCUCUGCUCUGAAUCUGCCCAGUCUGGACUUUCAUAUACUGGAUAUUACGCUGCCUUUUUUCUGCCAGAUUAAGCUUCAUAAACCAUCAAAAAUCCUUUCCAGAGAUGAUUAUUCUUAAUCAAAGAAGUCAAAGUCUGCUCUCCAUGCUGUAGUCAACUUGUCUGAUCUGAGAGUAAGGAGCAGGUUGGGCAUUUUAGCUGAGAGGCAGCGCACUGCAGCUUCAGGAGCCAGCUCAGGUCUGGUGGCAGCGUGUUACACUAACAUGGCACUCGGUCUGAACUAACACACCCUGUCAGCUCCGAUAGGUCCUGCACAGGUCUGGGUCCAGCGUCCCUGCAGAUGCUCCCCAGGGCCUCUGGUUCUGUUCUCAAAAAAAACCCCUAUGAAACAGAAACUCAGGGGAGUGUGAUACAGAGAAAUUACACCUCGCACUCUGUGAGCUAUUCUGAAUGCAGAAGCAAAGUACGAACGAUGUUCUCCUUUACCCAGGUUCUAUCAGCCUCCCAGUUACUCUUGAUAGCAAAGUUACCUGUAAUUUGAGCUUUGUGAGUCUCUCACUACAGGGCAGAUUUCUGUAGCCUUUUUAUCUCUUUCCAUCACAGUGGUUAUCUUUUUUUUAAGUGCCUGCCUCAGAACUCCAUUUUACACUCAGAAUCUUAAAAGCAUCAGAUAAGCAACAAGGAGUUAAUAUGCCCUGCUGUUUCUGCCUGUUAGUUCCUUGCUUGUGCUUUCAAAGAGCACGAUCAUCCUCUAAGCCAGAAGAGUGCAUGCUGAGCUCAUAUUCAAUUAACUAUCUGUCAUGAUUUCCUGAAUCCUUCCUGGCAUUUCAGCAUUCCAGGACAGUGGCAUAACAUGACACAGGUCACAGAAUACAUAUUCUAUCAUCCUUUGUCUGGCUGAAGGUACAGAUCCUUGCCAAGUGUGUCACCUUAGUGAGAAUUUAGGAUAAUCCGUGUAACUAGUGCCAUUAUUACCCACUAUUUGGGGGAAAAUAGCGGGUUUUCUAUACUACUGGUAAUGAACAGUGUUUGAUCUGCUGGCCUUCUUGGAAAGGCUGUCUUCUGAUGAGCUGAGUAUGCAAUGACUUGCAAUGAUUUACCUGUCUUCAACUUGUUACAGGACUAUGAUGGAUUUUGGGGUAAUACUGCUCUUUUUCAGCAAAAUAUCUUGUGGGAGUAUAUUAAAAAAUAUUAUGAUCAACUGUACUGGGAUCUAGCUGGGAUGAACCUCAUUUUCUUCAUAGCAGUCUAUAUGGUGCUGUGUUCUAGAUUUGUGACUAAAACAGUGUUGAUUGAUAGCACACCAGUGUUUUGGCUAUUGCUGAGCGACGCCAGCACAACAUCAAGGUGGUUUUUUCCCACCCUCAGUGAGCAGCCCAGGGGUGCACCAGAAACUGGAAGGGGACGCAGCCAGGACAGCUGACCUGCACUGACCAGAGAUAUUCCAUACCAUAUAAUGUCCUGCUCAACAAUAAGAGCUCAUGGAAUGGAGGAGGAAAGCAAGAUGUUCACGGUGAUGGUGUUUGUCUUCCCGAGUAACCAUUAUGUGUGCUGAGGCCCUGCUUCCCAGGAAGUGGCUAAACAUAUGCCUGCUGAUGGGAAGCAGUGGAUGAAUUCCUUACUUUGCUUUGCUUGCACAUUUGCUUCACCUUUUAAACUGUUUUUAUCUCGACCCAUGAGUUUUCUCGCUUUUGUUCUUCCGAAUCUCUCCCCCCAUCCCAGUGGGAGAAGUAAACAAGCAACUGGGUGGGCGCUUAGUGUCUGCCAGGGUCAACCCACCACAUUAACCAACCUUGUGAUUAAAAUCAAGCUUGUCUGACAAACCAAGUGGCAUCAGAUAAAGUGUAAUCUGCCAUUUACUGUUCCCUUUGCAUGCCCCAUGAUUUAGCAGUUAGCUUAUGAAAGGUAACACCCCUGCAGUUCCCUGAGUCCUGUUUGCCUUUGAAAGACAGCUACAUCAGCUGUCUUCCAGUUACCUGAAAAUUGCCUAGUCUUCGAAGAUUAUUAAAAAUGAACAGUUCAGGUUCAGAGAGCUCCUUACCCAUUUCUUUUGAUACCCUUAUGUGUCAUGUUUUAUCAUUGUGUAAGAUUUUCUUUUUGGUAUUGUACCUAUUUAUAGUUCAAACGAAAGUAUUUUACUGUGCUUGCAAGAUGCAGAUAUCCCAUUUCUCUUCAGUUUAUUAACUGACUGUUUACUUCCUCAGAACCAACUAUUUACUCAUUCUUUUCCUUUUACCAAAACUUCAGCACUGCUAGGAUUUCAUAGGUUCUUAAUUUUUAAAUUUUAGUCUUUUCAGUCUUGCUGCCUGCUCCCUUUGUUUUUCCUUAUUAAUUGCCCGUGUUUUGCAAGAGCUGAUUCGUGAUCAUGUCUAUUCAUGCCACUAUAUUCUGCACUGUGCAGAAGAGCUCAUCCAUAAUGUAAUACUAUUCCCAGUAACAAUCAAGCGUUUAAUCCUAUGCUGAAUGACAUCAAUGGAGCAGCUCUCAGGAGGGAACCGUGCUGUAAGGAAAACUGUCAAAAAUGUAUGAUAUGUACGUGUUAUCUUUAGCAGCCUUCCAUCCAGUUACUACCUUACUGUUGUGCUAUUUAAACUGUGACAAAAUUACAGUGCUAUAAUGCUCUCAGACUUU